AUGGUUAAGCUUGUGUUGGAGUCUACCUUUUUCGUACACCGAGGCGUAGUGUAUGCGCAAACCUUCGGGGUACCAAUGGGAUCACCAUUAUCGCCUGUUAUUGCCAAUUUAGUAUUGGAACGUUUGGAGCAGCAAUGCAUAACCAUGAUGGAGGAAAAACAAAUACAAAUGAAUGUGUAUCGACGAUACGUCGAUGACUGCUUCUGUGUGGGAAAAAAGGAACACAUUCAGGACAUCGUAGAGUCGUUUAAUAGUUUCCAUAGUAAACUUCAGUUUACUUUUGAAAAUGAAGAAGAUGGAAAACUCAAAUUCCUCGAUAUGAUGUUGUUCCGAAACAACGAUCACAUCGAACGAAUAUGGUUACCCAAACAAUCUGAUGGGAGAUAUCUGGAUUUUGAGUCCGAAAGUCCUUAUUCGCACAAAUGCAACACUGCGAUUGCACUAAUAGAUCGAGCAAUCAAACUAUCCGACUGUAAGAACCGUCCAUCAGCCAUAAGAACAGUCAAGGAAAUUUUACAAAUAAACCAUUACCCUAAAUGGUUUGUUUGCAAAAUACUGAAGGAACGUGUCCACAAACACUACAACAGCCUGCAGGAGGAAAAAGAAAAAGAUCUAGCGCAGUCGUAUGUUGCAGUUCCGUACAUCCCUGGACUUAGGAAACAGACGAACGUGGUGUACACAAUCCCAUGCGGAACAGACGAUGGCAAAGUUUACAUCGGACAAACGGGAAGAAAACUAGAGACAAGAGUAGCGGAACACAAGAACGAUACGAGGAAAAAAGAUGCAAGAACUGGGUUAUCUCAACACACACAACAAGAAGGACACAUCUUCGACUUUGCCAACACCCGAAUACUGGAACGAAUCGAGAACCAGGAGAGCAGAGUUACAGCAGAAAUGUUUCACAUAAAAAUACUCGGCGAGGAGAGAACAGUCAAUCUCCAGAGAGAGUGUGGAACUUUCUGCACUACGUACAAUGGUCUGAUGGCUAAGUUCCGACAGUAUUGGAAUAGUAAGGAUGAUAGGCGGUCAGAAGCAUACGAUAACCCAGCCGUCGGCAGUGAGUGA